AUGGCUGACGUCACCAACCUGACAGUGUUAUUCCACCAAUCAUACACAAGUGUUGCCAUCACCGACGUGCACGUGUGUGGGGGUCACGUGUUUGUUGCUUUUGACAACACCACACGACAUGAAGACGGCUGUGUUAAUGUAUAUAAACUUUACAACAAAGAGACCCAAACACUUGACCUCGUGCACUCAAUAAAAGUUGGAACUUUGCCUGAUAUGGUACUUACUACGCCUGACUGCAAAACACUGAUUGUGGCCAUAGAAGCGGAACCAUAUGACGACAAUGCAAAUGCAGUUCUAGUUGAUAAUUCUGGAGGUAUCGGCCUCGUUAAAUUUCCCCAGGGACCCAACGGCGCAUACACUAAAAAUGUUUUAGGGUUUCACACCUUUGAUGACAGAUAUUUUACCGAGCUUGAGAGCCAAGGCGUCAUGUACAUAAACCGAAAUGCCAAGUUUUCAGACGACGUAGAACCGGAGUAUAUAACUCUGAACACAGAAGGCACACUAGCCUAUGUUAGUUUACAGGAAAACAAUGGCAUUGCAGUCGUGGAUCUCGCUUCAGAAGAGAUAGUAGAUAUUUUUGGGCUUGGUUUUAAAGACUGGACAUUGGCCAACAUUGACCCCAGUGAUAGAGAUGGAGGGGUACAUAUGCAGCCUUGGAAAGUAUUUGGAAUGUACCAGCCUGACGCCAUAAAGAUGUUGCGAUUCCAAAACGAAGAUUUCAUCGUUACUGCAAACGAGGGUGAUUCUAAAGAUUACGAUUACUUUUCGGAAGAAAACAGGGUGGGGGAUUUCGUUCUAUCCGAAUUAUUUGAACGCAACGCUACUCUUCGUGACGAAUGGACUACUGAUUCAGUGUUAGGAAGACUUAAAGUCACUUCUGUCAAAGGCAAAAACGAAACAACACAACAAUAUGACCAGCUUUAUUCAUUCGGUGGUCGCGGGUUCUCUAUUAGGAGGGCGAGUGAUAUGAGUCUAGUGUACGACAGCGGUGAUGAGAUCGCUACCAAAACAGCGGAGCUUCUGCCCCAUCUUUUCAAUGCAAAUGGGGAAGAGUCUAUUGCUGUUUCAGAUUGUUCCGAUACGCGCUCCGAUGACAAGGGUCCAGAAACUGAAAGCAUUGCCAUAGGGCAUAUAGGUGAUACCACCUUGUUGUUCAUUGGCAAUGAGAGAGGGUCAACCAUCGCAGUAUACAGCCUUGACCAGACCGCGGCAGAAAUCACACCACAGUUUGAGGCAUUUAUAUACGGCGUUGGUGAUAGCGAUGAGACGAGGGGUGAUCUGUACACAGCACGAGAUAUAAGCAUGGUUGAUCCUGAGGAUAUAACGUUUAUUACCGCUAACGACAGCCCCAAUGGCAAGCCUCUGCUGUUAGUAAGCGGCAGCGUCAGCGGCACUGUGACAGUUUUACAGAUGGACAUACAGCUCGGUUUACCAAAUGCUGCUUCAGCACCUUCGAGGUAA